CCGCAGCGCCGCUGAGUACGCGCAGUGGGCAUCUUUAGAUCUCGUAACCUGACCUUGGUGUCAUCCGAUGUUGCAAAUGCGAUGACCCAUCUUCAUCCUCGUAACUAUACCCUUCACAAUGGUCAGUUAAUCGGCCCACUGAUCUUACAGUCUGCCUCCAAACCCACCAUCUCCCCUGUCCUCGACUGCCCCAUCAGCAGCAGGGAUGCAUGUGAUGGGCAGCGUCUCGCAGGCCAAUGGGAGCCAAGAUUUCUCUGUCCAACAAGAGGAUGUAGCUGUUACCGUGACAAUGUCUCUCCCUUCUCCUCCUCGUCCUCCAUCGAGGUAUGCUGACAUAGAAGAUAACCAGAUGAAAUCACCUGACAUUCCUCCACCACCUCCCCCACCUCCUCCUCCCCUACUGCCUCUGCCACCAGAGCUUGGACACCCCACUGGUGGGCUGAAGAAGAAAAGGAGGGUGAGGAGUUUUUUCUGGAAAACGAUUCCAGAGGAGCAGGUAAAGGGACGGCUCAACCUAUGGACUCAAGGCCAAGUGAAGCAGAAAUACGAGAUUGACGCUCAGACUGUCGAAGAGCUGUUCGGCCAGCAUGACGGUCAAUCAAAAACCCUGGCAACGCCCGCCAGGGGAGGGAAAACCAGCAGCUCAUUUAGAGAGACCAAACAGGAGGUUUCCAUCCUAGAUGCUAAGCGAGGGAUGAACAUUGCAAUUUUUCUCAAACAGUUCAAGAGGUCCAAUGAGACCAUAGUAGAUGAAAUCUGCCAUGGCAACAGUGAGGCUUUUGGGGUGGAGCGUCUGAGAGAAAUGCUGAAACUGCUGCCAGAGUCUGAAGAGGUGAAGAAACUGAAGGCACACCGUGGCGAAGUCUCUCAGCUCUCAUUGGCCGAUUCCUUCAUGUACCGGCUGAUUCAGGUGCCCAGUUACACAGUCCGCAUUGAAUCCAUGCUCUUAAAGGAGGAUUUUCCGGCAGCGUGCGAGGCCAUGAAACGGGACAUUAAGAUCCUUCGUGCCGCCAUCAAAGAAUUAAUGUGUUGCGAGGAGCUCCAUGCUGUUCUCCACCUGGUGCUGCAGGCCGGAAACCUCCUUAACGCUGGAGGUUAUGCAGGAAACGCAGUAGGCUUCAAGCUGUCGUCCCUCCUGUCUCUGGCUGACACCAAAGCUAACAAACCAGGCAUGAACCUGCUGCACUUUGUCGCUCUGGAAGCCCAUAAAAAAGAUGAGAAGCUCUUGGAGUUUCCUCUCAAGCUGAGUCACAUCCAGGCUGCAGCCAGGAUCUCAUUGGAAACAUUGGAUGCUGAGCUGCAUUUGCUGACGUCUCGCACACAUUCAGUGGAGGAGAGCAUCCAGAGAGACACAGAGCUGCUGCAGCAACUGGACAGCUUUCUGCAGCAUGCCACAUCAUCUCUCUGCUCACUCCGCGGCAGUCGGCAACAGCUAAAAAGGGAAGGCAGCGAGCUGAUCGACUUUUUCUGCGAGGACAGAGACACUUUCAGGCUGGACGACUGUUUCAGCAUCUUCCACACCUUCUGCUCCAGGUUCACAAAUGCUGUCAAGGAGAACAUGGAGAGGGAGGCGAAGGAGGCGGCUCGUCGUCAGCGGAUACAAGAGCUGGAGGAGAAGAAGAGGCACUCCUGGGCUGGAGGAGAAAAGGUGGAUGGAGUCUAUGGGCUGCGCUGCCACAGUGAGCUUGACAUGUCCACUGCUUUGUCGCGGCAUGACGAGGCCGGACUGUUGAUGGAACUCCUGACCCCUAGGUCCCACCCUCGCUCACCAGUGAACAACUCCCACAGUCCUCUGGGACGUGCUGUGAGCUUACGUCGUUCCCGAAAGUCUCCAUCCUGCUCACCAUCUAUUGCUGCUGAGCAGGAACUAAGCACUUUCCUGGAAAAGGCGACUGAUCGCAAAAACAUUCAGCAAAGAGGCAAAGGGAGCAGUUUUCCAUCUCCCUCAAGUCCAGGAUUCCCAGUGUCCACCCAGACGGCACCACAAAACUCCUCAUCACCUUCCAAAAGGAGUCCAAAAAACAAAAACCAUGCAACUGCCACUUACCUCAGCCAAAAUGCUACCCAGACUUGUGCAAAUGCCACUAAUCCUGCAAAUGAACUUGCAGUCAAACCUACCUCUGACUCAAACCAGCAAUCUGAACACAACAACAAAAGCAGCAGUGAUCAACCUGGCAUGGGUUUAAGCAGCCAUGCAACACUUACAACAAGAAAACCAAAAGAUGUUGAACUGGUUUUAACUCCGCGGACUGACUGCACUGAUAAGAGGUUUCAACAGAGCACCACUGCUACAGGAAACAUGGUGGUGGUUUUAGAGAAAUGCACGUUGGUUCCUGAACUAAAAGUGUUUGGCAGUGGCGACACUCUCACAAGUCAUAGCGAAAACAGACAUGUUGGUCUUCAUCAAGAUGAUGUGACAAUCACAGAUUUGGAAGAAGAGAAAGGGGAUGAAUUGCAAGUUGAUAAGGUGCAUAAUAAUGGCCAACCGAUUGUAAAUCCAAAACAAUCUGAUGAGCAAGUCGGUGAGCUCAGCUCUUCUUCAACACCAAGAGAGGGCGAUGAGGGGCAAGAGGAUAAGGUGGUUGUAUGGUGUGUGACGGGUGUGUGCGAGGCUACAAGUGACACACAAAGCACCUAUGCAGAAACUGAAAACGAUCAGCAUAAGGGUGAUAACCAAGGAGGAAACAAACAAACUUCCUCUGCUUUAGCCAAUGACAUGCCUUCAGAACCUCAACCGGCCAAUGAAAAACCAGUGCCUGUACCCAUCAGCAGCCAACCAGUGCCUGUCCCCCGCUGUGAUGACACAUCACUGCUUGUUUCUUCUUCCGUGUUGCGCCCGAAAGAAGCUCCAACACCUAAUGUAGUGCCUGCUCUCACAGCAGAUGCUUCUGAGAAAGAUAAAGAACUGGAGGAAGAGGAAGAAGCAGAAGUGUCCACCAACAGGAACAGUGAUGGAGUGACCGUCUCAAAACAAUCAACAGAAGAGAAAAGCAAAAACAACAUGGCAUCUAAAGACUCAACCAGUAAAACUGCAAAAGCAGCUUCUUCCACCAAAGUAAAAGCAGAACCAGCAACUCCAUCUAAACUACCCAGCAAGAGCCUUCCUAUGUCUAAAGUCCAAACUAAUGGGAAGAAACCUACCCCAAACACUAUCUCUGCAUCUGGCAAAUCCAAAUCUAUCCGGACCCUCACAACCUCCGAGAACAAGGACAUGAGGAGGGUUGUGCCAAUAUCCAGGACCAACAGAAGUCCAUCCAGAAUCAAACAUACAGAGAAGAAUCGAGGCUCCUCCAGCACCGCAGUGCCCACCAGUCUGACUCCCUCAAAACGAAGCAGUGCUUCCCCUCGACGAGUAGCGAGGCCUGCAAAUGCUCCUUCAUCCCGACAAUCUGGGAUCCCCAAGACCUUGGAUCCAAAGGACUCAAAGAACCAGAAUGUUUCAGGUAGUCAGCCAUCUGCCCGAGAACACAACAAGGACUUUCAAGGAAAGAUGUCCAGCCAAAAGCCCUUAAUGAAACCUAAAGCCCAGCAGGAGGAGAAGAUCUGUCGCUCCACACUGCGGGCACUCUCUCAGGGUGGAAGAAGUGGAGGAGGAGGCAGCGUCAGUGCUCCUGCCACUCCUUUGCGCAAAGCCACUAGCUCCUAAUCAUCUGUGUCUCCGGGUUUUGCACGGAGCACAGCCUCUUCUUCUUUCAGACGUACUCACACCAACCUUGCUGUUCCUGCUGCUUCCCACUCCCCCAACAUUGGGUCAGACCCCUCCCCCAAACCUUCUUCCAAGACCUCCUCCUCUGUUACCCCAUCCAGCACCUCCUUGCCUAUUACGCGAUCAAGAUCACUAAGAGUCCAUGCGUCAGCAAGAUCCUCAGAUGUCCAAAAACUCUCCCCCUCCUCACAGAGGAAGUCUCAGAGCGUCAAAUCAUCUCCUCAUACAUCGCGCCACGACUUGCUGGCUCCCCCUAAAGGCCACAGACGAAAUGACAGUGACAGUGACAAGUCCGCUCAUUCUCAGGACUCGGUCUUGCCCACAAGGCCGCGCUGGAGAUAAGCUCUUGGUUGUUUUGUUUUGAGGAUUUUUUCCUAAUCACUCCUCCUUCAGGAAAGUCAGGAGAUACAUCCAUUAUGAAAUGUAGAUACCUUUUAAAAUGUUCAAGUUUAAUUUGAGUAACAAAGGACGAUACAAUCCAAUGUGAAACAAUGAGAUUGUCUCGUAUGGAUUUAAAUCUUGUUUGUUACCUUGUUUGUUUGUUAUUAUAAGGUUUAAGUGCAUCGGAGCUGAAAAGUUCACUACGUUUUCUUUGUACUAUAUUGUCCUUGUAAUGUACUUUAAAUAACCACAGAGGGGAAAAAACAACUUGUUUUCAAGGUAUAUUUUUAUUCUUUCUAAAUCUAUUAAUUGAGAGUACAGUCCAAGAUUAAUGACAAUAAUGACCUCUCCUCACGACCUCAGGAAAGCCGAUGUCUUAUCAGAAAUCACAGACCUUUUUGUUUUGGUCGGAGUGAAGCUCUGAGAUCUCUGGAUGAGUCGGGAAAUGACUACAGCCUGUGAUGUGAUUGCUAACAAGCUUUCAGUCAAAACCACACUAACACAAGCAGUUCUGAAUAAUUUGGUGGCCGUAGCCAUGGCUUGAUCUCUCCUAUUAGGCCUACAGACGCUUGAGUCAGUCUGUCCGUUAAUCCACAGACUAAAGGCUCCUACUAUGAGAGUAAGGGGUACGCCAUAUUGUAUGAAAGAAACUAUUACAACCAACAUACAAACUGCAAAUUUAAACACUGAAUUGAAAAGAGGGGAGCUAAAAGAGGCAAACAGAGUGAAUAAAAUCUAAUUUCAUUUUAUUUAUACUCCCUUUGAUUUAUUCCUGUGGUACUUUUUUUCUUUUUUGAAAGAGAAAUAUCUGCAGCUAUAAAGAUGUACAUCUUUGGAGUAUCCUGAAAAUUCUGCAGUUUUUAAAGGUCAUGUGACUGAAUGCCUUUUCGAUUCACAAGCACCUUUAACUGCACAAACCGUGCUGCAGAAUCUCAUUAAUCCAGGCUGGACUUAUAUAGAGAUAAUAAUAUUACUACAAUACUAAUUAUGUUUUUAAAAAGCCUGACAUAACUAAUCUUUGAGAGCGGUGGUGUCUUUUUUAAAAAAACACAAUCAGUUUAAACAAGGAGAUAUUUAUAACUGAUUAAAAACAGACACUUUCUAACUUCCUUGGAAAAUUGAAGUCGUGUUUUCAUAUGAGGACAUUUUUAUGUUUAUCUGUCUUUAUUUAUGUAUGUAUGUAAUGUUUCCCUACUAAUUAAUAAAGCAUUGUUCCUCAGUCA